CCACCCCGAGCGCCUCCUCCCUCGCGUCGCCGCCAGGGUUUUGAAGCAAGCUCGGAUUUUUCAACCAUGAGCCUCCGGCGGUACGUGAAUCUGGUGAUGGCGAACCACGAUCAAGGCAUCUAUUCGCUGCGCCGCCUCAACAACGACAAUUUCUUCUACCCGGCAAAGGAAGCAGCAGCAAAGGCGCGAGAUCUGCCCAGACUUAAAAGAGUGCCGCAAAAUGCUCUGUCCUCCUGGAUUGACCCAAAGAAGAAACAGGCGGCAGCUCUCACAGAUAAGCAGCUGGAGAGUACUCUUAAGCCGCCGCCACCAAUCUUCAGCCUCCGCCCAUCGACGUGCCCGGUGACCAAAGGAGACUGGAACCGGCUGCACUCCUUUCCUCUCUCUGGAACCAAGAUCUUCUUCGCCGACAGUGGGAAACGCACCACCUUGUACGACACCAAGGCUCGCUGCUCGAUCAGCACGCCCUGCCUCCAUGCGCCCAAGAAGCUCCCUGUCGCCCUCUCCGUCCCCAGCCCUGAAGGACCUGAAGGCGAGCAGGACCAGGACGGCGGCAGCCUCUACAUCAUGGACACGCUUCUUGACGAGAUGAAUGCCACUCCGUUCGAGGCCCUCAUCUGGCGCAACUGCGCAGGUGGACACUACUUGAUUACCCACAAGUCAUGGCACUGCGACGCCCUCCCGCGGCCGCCCUUCUUUGAUCAUCGACCUGACGAGCCUACCUCGGUACAGUCUUAUGCUGUGGUGGGCAACAUCAUCUGCGUCUCUGUGAACGGCCAUGGCACAUACUGCUUUGACACGGUCAGCCAGAAGUGGAGCAUGGCUGGUGACUGGCAGAUGCCCUUCUCCGGCAAGGCCGAGUACGUCCCUGAGCUCAAGCUCUGGUUUGGCGCCUCUGCUGGUAAUCACCAGCUCCCAUGUGCAGCUGACCUCUCCCCUAUCCUGAGAGGGCAUGCUCCGAAGAAGCAGCAGCACUAUGUUUGGGGGGAUCCACAUGUGCCGGCGGAAUGGCUCCCGAAUCUGUUUAAUCCUGCCAAGAUUGUCAGCUUGGGUUCUGGUAGGUUUUGUAUCAUCAACUUCUUCCAAGAUAUGGGAGGCAGGCCCCCUUCGAUGGAUGGACUAUCAGCUUCAGAUGGCAGUCCAAUUGUUGUUUUCUCUGGCUUGGAAGUGUUGGCUGGCAAUGGCAAUGGCAGUAGCAGUAGCAGUAGCAGUGACAGUGACAAAGACAGUUGCAACGACAAGGGCAAUGGCAAUGGGCUCCGCAUGAUUAAGCACAAGUCUAGACUGUGUGUUUGCAAGCUUGCCAACAUCCACUACUCCCUCGAGUCGGUACUUUGACUGUGUCUUUGCUUUGAAAGCUCCAUCCUUUUAUCUAUCUAUGCAAGGAUGGACUGUCAGUACCCACUACCAGAGACUACCUAAUGUGUGUGUUUGAAUAAUCUUGGGACACUGAUUGUAUGAAACCACCAUAAAUUGUUCCGGAUGCUUAUUCCAGCGCCUAAUUUGUGUUGCAGAAUUGUCUUCAGGUUUACUGCUGAGCAACUGAUUUGUAGUACUCCUACUUGAAGUCUCUCUGAAAAUUCUGUUUUACCUGA